AUGCUGUGGCGAGAUGCCGCGAGGUUGGAAGCAGGUCAGAAUGCAGAAGCGAUACGGGAUUGCACCGCGGCGCUGCGAAGAGACAGACGCGAGGCUGAUGCGUGGUACCUGCGGGCGCUGGCGAGAAGCCAAACGGAUCCUGCUGGAGCAGUGUCCGACCUGAGCCAGGCAAUCUCUCGCGAUCCUCAAGAAGCCGAGGCUUGGAAGCUCCGUGCCGAGAUCCAGCUGCGCCGUGGCAAGUAUGAGGAGGUGGUUGAGGACAGCAGCGAGGCAAUGCGGCUCAACGGCGCCUCUGCCGAGAUCUUGUGCCUGCGUGGUCAAGCUCAGUAUCGACGAGGAGCCUACCAAAGUGCUGCAGCAGAUUUCGAAGUCGCCUUGCAAUAUGACCCAGCCAGUGAAACUGCGGCGAAACUCUUGGAGCGCACAAAGGAGUCGCUGAAGAAGCUGGAAGCCUGGCAGUUGCCAGCCCUCGCAGGUGGCCUGCAUUCCUUCAUUGAAUCAGUGCAUACGGCGCAGCUGCUGUUGAAAGACUCGUCGCAAUAG